GCAUCUGCCUGUAACGUGGGGGUGGGGCAGGCAGGGGAUUAGAAAUCUCUGAGAUCAACAUCACAAGUGUCCGGACUUUUCUGGUCCUGAGGCUGUGGACAGCCUCCAGAGUGGUGGCUCUGUUGGGGGAACAUUAGAGCUCCUGCAACACAGGAGUCCUGGUGAGGAGGGACCCUCCUUGUCACACAGGCCCCUUCUGAAGCUGGGGACCCCUUGGGUGGCAGCCGCACCCAGGAUGUCCACGCUGAGCAUCCACUGCCUGAAACCCUCGCCUCUGCACCUGCCGUCUGGGAUCCCAGGGUCCCCAGGCCGCCAGCGGCGCCACACGCUCCCCGCCAACGAGUUCCGCUGCCUCACCCCAGAGGAUGCUGCCGGCGUGUUUGAGAUUGAGCGAGAGGCCUUCAUCUCUGUCUCCGGCAACUGCCCCCUGAAUCUGGACGAGGUCCAGCAGUUCCUGACCCUGUGUCCCGAGCUGUCCCUGGGCUGGUUCGUGGAGGGCCGUCUCGUGGCCUUCAUCAUUGGCUCCCUGUGGGACGAGGAGAGACUUACUCAGGAGUCGCUGACGCUGCACAGGCCCGGGGGCCGCACCGCCCACCUGCACGUGCUGGCCGUGCACCGCACCUUCCGGCAGCAGGGCAAGGGCUCCGUCCUGCUGUGGCGCUACCUGCACCACGUGGGCGGCCAGCCGGCCGUGCGCCGGGCCGUGCUCAUGUGCGAGGACGCGCUGGUGCCCUUCUACCAGAGGUUCGGCUUCCGUCCCGCGGGCCCAUGUGCCAUCGUCGUGGGCUCACUGACCUUCACGGAGAUGCACUGCUCCCUGCGGGGCCACGCCGCCCUGCGCCGGAACAGUGACCGCUGACCCCCCGGGGAGCCCAUGGUCGGGAGCUCCUACUCAAUCCCCGGUUGGUCCCCUUCUCUGUCCUGCCGUGCCCCCUGCUCUGCUUGGUCUGAAGGGAGACGGUGAUUCCCAGGGGAUGGAUGGUGGAACGGAGAGAAUGGGUGAAAUAAAGAGAGAGCAGGGCAGCUGCUCCCAACCCAGGUGCCCUCCUGGGGUACAAGUA